CACCAGCAAUGCGACUGCUAUCUCAUCUCCGGUCCCGACCCAGGCUACUUCACGCAUUACAAGCUGUGGGACUUCCGCAAUGCAUCGCAAAUCCACCCGCAACCCGCAUCCCCCAGAACCGUCACGACCAAUAUCACAACCCUCCUCACCCCCGACGCAGAUACAGACAACCUCUACACGACGAUGAACCUCUUCUCCCAGACCCCCUUCAGCAAAGACUGGCGCGUGCAGACCUGGGGUCGAGCUGCCGAUCCUCUCCUCGCUCCUAUCCCAAUGACCAACUCCGAAUCCAACGUCUUCAUGCACACCCCGAGGUCGUCGUCCUCGUCGUCCUCCUCCUCACAAGACAAAAAUCAGCAGCCAAACAGCUUCCUAGUACUCCGCACAACCCGCUUCAUCAACCACGCGACCACCGCGGAAAUCGAAUCCCAAUUCGGCCUCAUCGACCACUGCUCGCUGCGCCUACACAUGCCCCCCUCCCCUGCUCCACCCUCCUCACCCCCAUCAUCACUCCCCUCCACACCCCCUCCUCACCCAGGCAAAGGCAAACCCAAUAAAGUUCCCAGCGGCACCUGCGCCGGCGUCUUCACCUACCGCUCUUCAACCUGUGAAUCCGACAUCGAGAUCCUAACCUCCGACGACCCGCACACCAUCCACUACGCCAACCAACCGGACUACGACCCGAUCAACGAUCGGAUCAUCCCAGGCGCCAGCGCGGUCGUCAACCUCACCCGGCCCUGGACGGAGUGGACGACGCACCGGCUGGACUGGCUGACAGAUCAGUCGCGGUGGUACGCGGACAACGUCCUCCAGACAGCCAAACGGUACCGCGUGCCGGACCAGCCCAGCAUCAUCGUCAUCAACCUUUGGAGUAACGGCGGGGCAUGGACGGGCGACCUCCGCGUCGGCGAGUCGGUGUACCUCGGGAUUGAGUGGAUGGAGCUCGUGUAUAACCUCUCCUCCUCCUCCUCCUCUUCUAUCUCCUCU